AUGCGCGAUUUUCAGUGCAAGAUGAAUUCGAAGUCGUCGUCGGCGGCGGCGGCGGCUGUAAGGAUAGUUCGUAUUCUGGUAGCUGAGAUAACGAGGAAAUUUUAUUGGUGCGAUGAAGUGCUGGAGAAAGUGAGUUGGCCGGUGAUGGCGGAGAGUGGUGAGUCGUCGGAUGAGGAUGAUGGUGAAGAACAAUGCGUAAUAUGUUUGGAGGAGUUAUUAUAUGUAACGCAGCUUAGCCGGAUGCCGUGCUCUCAUCUUUAUCAUUCGCUUUGUAUUGCUAAGUGGCUGACCGUUCAUGAAACCUGCCCCUCGUGCCGGUUUCCUAUUCUGGAGACAGAUAGCUAA